AUGCUGAAAUCUAAGUCACCCUCUCUGGUGAAGCAUGCGGUGACCAAGAGAAGCCUAGCGUCCAUCAACACAGGCACGGUGAGACCGGCGGCGCCAAAAUCUCACCCGUUCCGUCGGUUCCUGGUUAGGAGCUCUGUCGCUAUUUCUCUGUUUUACGCUGGGGGGGUUGCGCUGUCCCAGUACAACGAUGACUUUGGCGAUUUGUUUGUCGAGAACGUCCCGUUCGCAGAGACGCUAGUCGAUUCAUUCGAGUCGUAUCGGGAUGCAACUAUGUCGUUUCAUCCCCUGACCUUGGAAGAGUUGAGAAACAAGUUCGGUGGUAUGCUAGGAGGAAAGGUGAGCUCCGUACCCAACGAAGGUGUCAAGGCGCAAGACGCUGACGAAAGCGGUUUGAAAGCUACAGUGCCAGCUAGCAUUGAGAACAAAGACGUUGGUAGCGCUAAUUCGACCGCCAAAAACGAUGCUGUACUAGUUUAUCUGAAUCCUAUUAGCGUCGCCUUGGAUUCGGACUUGGCGGCCUCAUCCAAGUUUGGUGAUUUGGUCAAGGAACUCAACGAUACCAUAAAAGUGAUCAACGACCAAAAAAUAGCGGUUGCCAAAGAACAACUGAGCGAUAUAACUGAAGCUCACCAGAGACUCACAGUUUCCGUACUCGAAUUUAAUAAAGAUUUUGAUGCAGCGGUUCGUGAAGGCGUCUCUGCAAAGACUGCAGAAGCCUUAAAAGAACUAACUGACAAAUAUGAACGGAAGCUAAGGGAUGACGAGACCCAAUUAAUAUCCAAGUUCAGGAGGGAAUUCAAUAACUACAAGGUCGAACUGGAGGAACGUAGCUCAAAGCAACUGGCGGAAGAUUUAAAAACCAAUGAACAGACUUUAUUGGCAAAACAUGCUAAUGAGGUUGCACUGUUAUCCAUUACGCAGGUAGAAGAAUUUAACAAGAUUCUCAAGGAGAAAUUAGACGAAGAAAGAAACGGAAGACUAUCUCAUCUAAAGGACCUUGACACCGGCGUCGGCAAACUGCUCGAGUCUGUCGAAAAGCUGAACCGUAUCUUGAUGAAAAAAGAGGCCGUUACGCAGCUGACGCUAACUUUAGAAGAGCUAAGAGGAAAAUUACAAUCUUCGGAACCGCAUGCAUUAAACAUCGAGCCACAACUCAAGCAGUUGAAGUCCCUAUCGGACAUUCUACCGGAUAAGCCCAAGCCAUGCUGCAAGUCGAAGGGUCUGUCGCCUCCACUCAUCGACGUUGCCAUCGCUGAAUUAGAUAAUCUCACGGCAGGAACACAGAUCCUUACAAAUGAACAGCUAUACAACAGAUGGAACUUACUUGCCGCAGACUUUAAGACCGCCUCCUUGCUACCACCAAAUGCCGGUAUCCUGGGCCACACCUUUGCUAAGCUGUGCUCUUUCUUCCUCUUCACCAAAGAGGGUUCCUCUCCAACUAAUCAGGACCUCGACAGCGUCUUCAGCAGAGUCAAUGAGAACCUAAGACUCUCGAAACUCGAUAAGGCUGUUGAAGAAGCAGUGGCAUUGCAAGGUUGGCCUCAUGUUCUGUGCCAGGACUGGAUCAAAGACGCAAGACGCAAACUGGAGGUUGAAGCUCUGGUUGACGUGCUAGAUUGCGAGCUAAGGACUCUAUGA